ACCCCUAAUGAUUGUUCAAUGCGCAGCUUUGUCCAGCAGAGGGAGCUCUAUCUCCACUCAGGGUUUUCCGCGGAGGAGCGGAGCCUCCGAGGCCCCCCCUUCGCGCGCUGCUCCGCGGCGUUGUUUUCCACUCCUGGAUGAUGAGGCGCCAGCGCAACGCACCGGGCUGAGGAGGCGGAUAAUGAGCAGCCCAGACAGCGAGCCCGAGCCCACCGAAUCCACGCGGCCCCUCAGAUCCGGGGGGGACACCAUGACACGCGGACCGAGCAGCAGCAGAGAUUCAUCCGCAGACCUCUGAGUGAAGCGGCAGCAUGGCGGGGGGUCGGAGGGGACUUGUGGCCCCCCAGAACACUUUUUUGGAGAAUAUUGUCAGGCGGUCGAACGUUUGGACACUGUCCCAUAGACACACAGACACCAACUUUGUCCUGGGAAAUGCUCAGAUUGUGGAUUGGCCCAUUGUGUACAGCAAUGAUGGUUUCUGUAAGCUGUCGGGGUACCACAGAGCAGAAGUGAUGCAGAAAAGCAGCACAUGCAGCUUCAUGUACGGGGAGCUCACAGACAAGGACACGACGGAAAAAGUGCGACUAACAUUUGAAAAUUACGAGAUGAAUUCAUUUGAAAUACUGAUGUACAAGAAGAACAGGACACCGGUUUGGUUCUUUGUAAAGAUUGCUCCCAUUCGAAAUGAGCAGGAGAAAGUGGUCCUGUUCCUCUGCACAUUCAGUGAUAUCACAGCCUUUAAGCAGCCUAUUGAAGAUGAUUCCUCCAAAGGCUGGGGGAAAUUUGCACGACUGACUCGAGCUCUCACGAGCAGCAGAGGAGUUUUACAGCAACUGCAGCCCACAGUCCACAAAGGAGAGAAUGUCCUCAAGCACUCCCGCCUGGCUGAGGUCACUUUUGUUUGUGUGGUUCUGCAGCUGGGCUCCGACAUCCUACCUCAAUACAAACAGGAGACCCCCAAAACCCCCCCUCACAUCAUCCUACACUAUUGCCUCUUCAAGACCACGUGGGACUGGGUCAUCCUCAUCCUCACCUUCUACACCGCCAUCAUGGUGCCCUACAACGUCUCCUUUAAGACCAAGCAGAACAACGUGACGUGGCUGGUGGUGGACAGCAUUGUGGACGUCAUCUUCUUGGUGGAUAUAGUUUUGAACUUUCACACCACGUUUGUCGGGCCCGCGGGCGAGGUCAUCUCAGACCCCAAGCUGAUCCGAAUGAACUACCUGAAGACGUGGUUCGUCAUCGACCUGCUGUCCUGCCUGCCGUAUGAUGUCAUCAACGCGUUUGAGAAUGUCGACGAGAAUUGGAACCACCGUGCUGUCACUCAAGGGAUCAGCAGUCUGUUCAGCUCCCUUAAGGUGGUCCGGCUGCUCCGUCUGGGCCGGGUCGCUCGUAAACUGGACCACUACAUCGAGUACGGAGCAGCUGUUCUGGUGCUGCUGGUGUGUGUUUUUGGCCUGGCUGCACACUGGCUGGCCUGCAUCUGGUACAGCAUUGGGGAUUACGAGGUCAUAGAUGAGGAAACCAACGUCGUCCGCAUGGACAGCUGGCUCUACAUCCUCGCUGAGACCAUGGGGAGGCCGUAUCGCUUCAACACCACGGGUUCAGGAAAGUGGGAAGGCGGACCAAACAAAGACUCUGUCUACAUCACCUCCCUGUACUUCACCAUGACCAGCCUGACCAGCAUCGGCUUUGGCAACAUCGCCCCGACGACGGACGGAGAGAAAAUCUUUGCCGUGGCCAUGAUGAUGAUUGGAUCCCUUCUGUAUGCCACCAUCUUUGGUAACGUGACGACCAUCUUCCAGCAGAUGUACGCCAACACGAACCGUUACCACGAGAUGAUCAACAGCGUCCGGGACUUCCUGAAACUCUAUCAGGUUCCUAAAGGCUUGAGUGAAAGAGUCAUGGACUAUAUCGCCUCCACCUGGUCCAUGUCCCGCGGUAUAGACACUGAAAAGGUGCUGCAGAUUUGCCCAAAGGACAUGAGAGCAGACAUUUGUGUUCAUCUCAACCGCAAGGUUUUUAAGGAGCAUCCGGCUUUCAGGCUAGCCAGCGACGGGUGUCUGAGAGCGCUGGCCAUGGAGUUUCAGACGAUCCACUGCGCUCCCGGAGAUUUGAUCUACCACGCCGGUGAGAGCGUGGACAGCCUGUGUUUUGUGGUGUCUGGAUCGCUGGAGGUCAUCCAGGAUGAUGAGGUGGUGGCCAUUUUAGGUAAGGGAGAUGUGUUCGGGGAUGUUUUCUGGAAAGAGGUGACUCUGGCUCAGUCCUGCGCAAAUGUCAGAGCGCUGACCUACUGCGACCUCCACGUCAUUAAACGUGACGCACUGCAGAAGGUGCUGGAGUUCUACACCGCGUUCUCCAACCACUUCUCCAGAAACCUGCUGCUUACCUACAACCUGAGAAAAAGGAUCGUCUUCCGAAAGAUAAGUGAUGUCAAACGAGAGGAGGAGGAGCGGCAGAGGCGUAAAAACGAAGCCCCUCUCAAUCUGCCCCCUGACCACCCCGUCAGAAAACUCUUCCAGCGCUUCCGACAGCAGAAGGAAGCCCGCAUGGCCACGGGGAAACCCGAUCUGGACGCCCAAGAUGUAGAGAAAGGCCCCGUCUACGCUGAUGUCCCGAUGCCCAAAGCAGCCAUCACCACCACCAGCAUCGUCACCGUAACGGAGAGCCCCGCAACGCCCUCGUCCUCAACGCCUUCACCUUUGACCCCUCCCAGCUGCAACCCCUCAGACAAGGCAAAACUCCAGGUGCCUUCGUCCAUCCCUUUGGUCGGCUGCCGGCCUGCCGAACCGGUCAAGGUCAAAGGCUGGGGCCGCUUCAAGGAGUCCAUGGCCAAAGCGGACAACUGGAACAAAGUUUCCAAAGCGGAAUCCAUGGAGACUCUACCGGAGAGGACCAAUGCGCUCGAGUCGCAGAUCUCUCUAAAGAAGACGGACUCUUGUGACAGCGGGAUCACCAAAAGUGAAUUGAGACUGGACAAAGUAGGUGAGUUUCGCAUGACUCCUCAGGACCGGAGUCCGGUUCAACCUCCGGAGACCAGGCAUGCCUUCUACCCCAUCCCAGAGCAAACCCUCCAGGCCUCGCUUCAGGAGCUGAAGCUGGAGCUAAAAGACGACCUUAAGGAUCUAAGCGUCCGAAUGUCCAGCCUGGAGGCUCAGCUCGCGGAAGCACUUAAACUUCUCAGGGCCAGGAGAUCGAGUUCUGGCUCCCCGCAGCCUCUUUUUGACAUUUCUAGACCCGCUUCGCCAGAAUUAGACAAAGAGGACAUCUUUUCUUGAAGGACAGAAACAUCAUCAGGUUACAUGGAAACCAGGAAACAGCUGGACGCCAGUAAUUUCUAUUACUGGGAGAGCUGUGGCUGCAACGAUGCAGCGUAUAAACUAGGCCUCAUGGCGGUCCGUAAGCUCCACCUGCCUGAGCUGAAGAGGUGUGCCUGCAGGUUAACAAGGUAAUGUUGACAAGUUGACAUGGUAGCCAACAUUUCUGUGUGUGUAGCACUAAUGACCAAAAGGCUACAAGAAAACUGACAGCUCCAUGUUUGUACAUAGAUCUAUUUUUCCACCGGAAAAAUAAUCUGGGCGGUUAGAUUCCUCUCCCAACAGUAGAGCUUACUUGUAGAUGUAUCUCCGUUGGGAUGCACCAAUGCAGGCAGCAUGACCCAUUGGUUUGUUUGUUCUUGAGACAUUCAUAUGAGAUUUGUUGCAUGUCAUAUAAAAUAGAUGUGUGCCUCGAAUUGCAGAUGAUUUGUUUGAUUAACUGAGGCCGCGCAGCCAGUCAUUUGCAUUAUUUCAAGUCGGCAAUAAGAGAGGAGAGACACGUCGGAA